AUGUCUCUCGACACUAUCAAACAGAAAAUGAGUUCCCUCCGCGUGCAGCAAGAGGAGACCCAGGCCAAGUAUGAAGAGCUCCAAGGCAAGGUCAAGACGUUGGAGCAGGAGAAUCUCGCAAAGGAACAAGAGAUCACUUCAUUAUCGCACAAGAACCAAUUGUUGGAGACCGAGGUCGAGAAGCUAGAAGGUGGCAUCAAGGAAGCCAAGGUGGCUGCGGAGGAGAGCGGCCAACACGGCAUGCAGAAUGAGAGUCUACAGAGGAGACUGCAGCUGCUGGAAGAGGAAGCUGAGGAGUCGGACAAGAACAUUAGGGAGACAAAUGAGAAGCUACGUCAAACCGACGUCAAGGCCGGCCACUACGAACGCAAAGUCCAGGCUCUCGAAGCAAGCCGUGAUCAAUGGGAGGAGAAGUAUGAAGAGAUGGCCCAGAAAUACAACGUGGUCAAGAAGGAAUUGGAGGACUUCCAGCUUGAGAUUGGGAAUAUCUGA